AUGGAUCAUUGUCAAGAACAGCUCCUUGAAUGCACAAAGCGGUUCAACAGAGUUUCGUCUGAAAUCCAUAAUGGAGAAUUGAGAAGAACCUUAACACGGACGAGCUUUCCUGCUCAUCAGUCUUCUAAAGAAUCAUCAGAAAGACGCGGACUCGGACUGCCUAGUCGAGAACCAUUCUUAGAAGGCUCUCUCCGCUUCAAUGGAGUUUCUCAUGGCAUUUAUAAGGGGAAAAAACGAAAAAUGUUAACAAGGACCAGCUUUCAUCAUCCGUACACUGGAGAAUCACGAGAAAGAAGCAUGAGUAGACGCCAGAGCAACCUCAAAAUCCGGUAA